GUGGCUAUCACGGGCGAAGGAAUUGUCAGCAUUCCACCAGAGUAGAAAAAUAUACAAGGGAGUGUGUCAUUUUCGUUAUCUUCUUCUUUGCAAAGUGCAAACAUGAUCAAAGGUGGCACCAUUCUCUUUUUUUCAUCUGUGAAAGUCUUUCAUUCCUCUACCCGCUUCCCCUUCAACUCCCCUGUUUAGCAAUUAAUGCUUGUCUUUUAAUUCCCUCCUUUUCUUCUCCUACCCCCUUUUACCAUCUCCUCCAUCUUACUUACAUAAAUUCUCAUGAUUUUUCUCUUCACCAUGCAUCCCAACUCUCCCACCUGACGGCUCCACUACUGUCCGUUCUGUGACUCUCUCUCUCUCUCUCUCUCUCUCUCCUGGUGGGUGUUCUUGUUUAUUCUUUUCACUUCAACUCUUACAUUCAUCUCGCUUGUUCUUCAUUUUCUUAACACCCAUUAUUCCGCAUUAGGUAUGUGGCUUUUUGGUUUUGUUUUCUCACGAAUUCACGUUGAAUAAUUCUGAUUUUUCUGUUCUCGAAUUGGGUCUUUAUUUGAUUCAACCCAGAUUUGUUUUUUUUUUCUUUGUUGGGCACUCGAAAGUGUUAAUCCAUCUCAAUUUUCCAUCGACUGACAUGGGUAGUUUUCUUUCUGGGUCCAAGAUUCAUGUACUUUCCGCAUUUAUUUGCUGGGGACUUCUAUCUUUUUCACAACUUUCUCCUGCAAAAGAAAAACUCUGUUCGCAUCUUCACUUCGCUUUAUGAGUUAUUCCCCAGUGGCUUUUUUGUUCCCAUUUUCACAAGUCGAUUUUGAUUUCUGAAAUUUUUUCUGUUUCUCAAUUUGGGUCCUCAUUAGAUUCCCCCCAAAAGUGUUAAUCCACCACAAUUUGUUCCAUCCAUUGGUUCAUUUUCUUUGUGGAUCCAAUUUCAAUGCCUCCUGCCUACUUCCCACUCCGGUGGGAGAGCACCGGAGACCAGUGGUGGUAUGCCUCACCCAUUGACUGGGCAGCUGCCAAUGGCCUCUAUGAUCUGGUCAGGGAGCUUCUCCACCUUGAUACCAAUCUCCUCAUCAAACUCACCUCCCUUCGGCGAAUCCGACGCCUCGAAACCGUCUGGGACGAUGAAUCCCAGUUUGAUGAUGUUGCCAAAUGCCGCUCUCAUGUUGCCCAACAACUCUUGCUUGUCUGCCAAAACACAAGAGGCCACAACUCUCUCGUUCGGGCCGGGUACGGCGGAUGGCUCCUGUACACUGCUGCCUCUGCUGGGGAUGUGGAUUUUGUUAAGGAAUUGCUAGAUAGAGACCCUCUCCUUGUGUUUGGGGAAGGAGAGUAUGGUGUCACUGAUAUAUUUUACGCAGCGGCCAGGAGCAAGAACUCCGAGGUUUUCAGGCUUCUGCUCGAUUUCUCGAUCUCCCCAAGGUGUUUUCAUGGAAAUGGAGGAGAAUUAGAGGGCCAAUCAGAUGAAAUCUCCGGAGUGUUUAGGUGGGAAAUGAUGAACAGGGCUGUUCAUGCAGCAGCUAGAGGAGGGAAUUUGGAGAUGUUGAAGGAACUUCUCAGACAUUGCUCUGAUGUUUUGGUUUAUAGAGAUGCUCAGGGAUCCACCAUUUUGCACACAGCAGCUGGCAGAGGACAGGUUGAGAUAGUUGAGGAUAUACUAGAAUGCUUUGAUAUUGCUGCAUCCAUGGACAAUCAAGGGAACACAGCUUUAAAUGUGGCUUCUUACCGGGGUUACUUAGCUGUGGUUAAGGUUCUGAUUCUGAAAUCUCCCUCAUCUGCCUUCUUAACAAACAAUUGUGGGGAUACUUUCCUUCAUAUGACAGUGGCUGGUUUCCAUACCCCUAGCUUCCGACGACUAGACCGGCAGAUUGAGCUCAUGAAGCAGUUGGUAAGCGGAAAGAUUGUGAAUAUGCAAGACAUCAUCAAUGUGAGAAACAGUGAUGGAAGAACUGCUCUUCACAUGGCUGUGAUUGAGAACAUUCAGUCUGAUGUGGUGGAACUCCUCAUGAAUGUGUCAUCAAUCAAUUUGAACAUUCGCGACACCGAUGGAAUGACUCCACUAGACCUUCUCAAGCAAAGGCCACGAUCAGCAUCUUCUGAAAUACUGAUCAAGAGGUUGAUAUCAGCAGGUGGAAUCUCCAACUGUCAAGAUCAUACAGCAAGAAUUGCCCUUGUUUCUCAUCUAAAAGUGCAGGGUAUUGGGAGCAGUCCUGGAACUUCUUUCCGAGUUCCUGAUGCAGAGAUAUUCUUGCACACUGGCGUUGAGAACGAAUCCAAUGCUAGUAUUGAUGCAGCGAAUAUUGAAUUUAGUACAUGCUCGAGCGAACUAGGCCAGUGUGACUCAGAUAUUGACUUGAACCUGUCUGAUAGCAAGAGAUCAGGUUCCAUAAGCUAUGCUGCUAGGCGCCUGAGGACUCUCCUACGAUGGCCUGGGAGGAAAGACAAAAGACCUUAUAGCACAAAGUUUGAAGACAAUGACGACGACUCAGAUUCAUACACCAUGUAUCGAAACAUAGAAGAUCGUCUGACCCCGCUUCGACAGAGGUUUUCGAAACUGUCGUCCCUUCCAAACAACGAAAGGGCACUUUAUGCCAGGAGCAAUCUCCCAAGUCCAUCCACCAAGAAGGAAUUUGCAGCAGGGCUAAUGCACGGGGUAAUUCAGGUAUUGCCUUCAAGUCCUUGUUCUCGAUCGAACUUUUCCUCGCCUACUUCAGUAUAUAGGCAAAAGAACCUCCUCUUUGCAAACAGUAUUUUGAGACCUUUGUCAAGAAGCAACUCUUUCAAUUGUGGAACACCACAAUUGAGCCACAGGCAAGCUUCUUUCAAUAAGAAGCUGAUGAACCAGUACUUCUGCUUUGGGGCGCAAAGCAUAGCCAUGGAAGACUCACUCAGCUGUGCGAGGCCAAAUCCAAGUUAGGAAGAAUGGAGAACCACUAGUGCAGCAGGAUUUUGGUGAAGUCCUUGGGAUUUUUCCCCAUCAUCUUUUGGUGUGUAGACGAGCAUAAAGUGUGCAGAAAUAUGUAAAUGGGUAGUCAGGUAUCUUAAAUAAUGCAGAAUGGAUGUUCUAGAGAGCUGAAAAAAGUGUGGCGUUCAUCCAUUACCCCUCUUGUUCAAUUUGUUAACAUCUGUAUGCUUUCAAUUAAUGUCAUGUUUGGUUUGUGGAAUAGAAUAAAAUAGGAAAGAAAUGGAGUGAAAAUUUGAUC